AAUAGAUCACUUAAAGAUUAAAGAAAGAAGCAAAAUACAUUCAUAAAUAAUAACAAAAUAUACAUCUACUUUGCUUUUAAUUAAUUAAAGUUGUUUAUUAAUUUAUUUAAUAUGGGUAAAUGCUGCAGUAAAUAAAAAUAUAUUCACAUAAAGUAGUAAGUCUCAAAUAACUGCUUUUUAAAAAAUGAAAUUGACAUUAUUUUAAGCUAGUUAAAAUAGUAAAAAAAGUUUUACUAGUUUCUGGACUAUGUUAGCAGCUAAGAAAAAUAUGUUAUAGUUAGUGCAUUCAACAAAUAUACUAAAAGCAAAUUACUAAUCAAAAUUAAUGACGAUUCAUAUAUUAAUAGCAGUGUAAACCUGCUUAAUGAUACUAAGCAAUAAAAUAAUUGUUUGCUAAGUUAAGUGUUUGAAAAAUUUCCUGCAGAAAAUUGCUACUAGCUUUUGAAUAAGAAAAGUAAAUAUGGGUGUUUAGAAUUUAAUGAUAAUAAAACAUUAAGAAAUAUAUGGAUACAAGAAAUUGAUUUAAAGACAAUUUAGCACAAGGAAUAACUUUUUACAGAAACAACAAACUUCAAAGAUCUAUAAAAUUUAAUUGGUUAUCACAAUCUCAUUUAAUACCUAUUUGUAAAUCUAUCAGAGUCCUCCGAUUUAUCUAAAGAAGUAUAUGAAUAAAUUUGCAUCUAUUUAAAUAAAUGUGUGAACACUAAAAUUUUAAACCUAGAUUUAAAAAAAUCAAUUCAUACAGAAGCAAUUCUGAAAUCUAUAUCAAGGAUUUUACCUCAAUUAUAUAAUUUAAACACUUUUACGCUCAGUCUAAUAUAUUACAAUAAAGAUGCCACAUUUAUUUCAAUUGCUUAAUCUUUAUUUAAAAAUGAAACCGUAGAAAAUGUAACUUUAAAUUUAAAAAACUUUAAGUUACCGUACAAAUUAUGUAAAAAAGCAUUUAAAUAAGCUCUCAUAUGUCAAAAUCUGAAAUAGUUACAAUUAAGUUUAGAAUACUCAUACAUUCAAUUCAAGUCUUUAGGCAAUGCUAUUUUUCCAUUUAUUGCUAAUUAGAAAUAUCUUCGUUCUCUAAGUAUCAAUAUUAAAUAAAAUUUACUAUUGGAAUAAACGAGUCAAAAAAUAAUAAAGCUACAUCUUGAUAAUCUAUUGCUACUUGAAAAAUUAACUCUAAAUUUCAAUGAACCAAUACAGUUAAAUUAAUUUAAUUAAUUUGAAGAAUUCAAUAUAGAAACUAAAUUUGCUGGCUAUAUUUAAGAACUAAGGAUUAACUUAAAUUAAAUAAAAAUUAGUAAUACUUCACUAGGAACUUUGUUUUACUAAAUAAGCUAAUAAAAGUUAUUAAAAAAGUUUUCAUAUAAUUCGUUAAAUAAUAGCAAAAAUAGUUUUGAGUAACUGCAUGAGCUAUUGACUUGUGUCACAGAAUGUUAAAAUUUGAUUUAAUUAGAAAUAAAAUACAAAUUGCCAAGUAUUCAAGAAGAUUAAGUUUUACUAGUUGCUUAAUAAUUGUCGAAUCUCACAAAUCUUGAAUAACUAUUUAUAGAUUUCGAUAAAUACUUUUUAUUAGAUGAAAUAAAAGUGUUCAAGUAAACUAUUCACAUGAUUUCUAAGCUAGAAAAACUCGUUGAUUUAAAUUUUGGGAUAUUUUUCCUUUUUUCUACCGAGGAUUAGCUGAUAUAAGCAUUAUAUUCUCUCUAAAACUUCAGAUCACUGAAAAAUCUAUCUCUAAGCUUUCAAUUAUAGCAAGAACUAAGCGUUAAUGAUUUAUAUAUAGCAGGAGUAUCUUAAUGGUUGCAUUUAGAGACUUUGAAUCUAUGUUUAAAUGAAUAAUAGUAAACUAAAAAACUAUAUACCAAACUCUUAGUCGAUUAACUAUCUGAAUGUUUGACUCUUAAAAAUUUAACUUUAAAUAUAACAUCUGAUUCAUUUUCAGAAAGAUAGUGCUAAAUUCUAGGACAAGAAAUAUCUAAAUGUGUAAACUUACAACAGCUAAAAAUAUAUGGAGCCUUUGAUUCAUAUAUGAGUAGCCUCUUUUUAUCUGAGCUAGUGAUGUCAUAAAAUUUAUAAGUUUUAGCUUUGUAAUUUAGAAUGGAAGUUUAAAGAAUAGAUCAAGCUAUUGAUAUUGGAAGAUACUUAAUUUAAUUUUAAAAUUUAAAGAAUCUCACCCUUGAAUUUUUUAAUAACAGAAUGAGUACUUAAUUUGCUUCUACACUAGCAUACUAUAUUUCUAAGUGCAAUAACUUACUUAUUUUUAGCUUUCCAUAAAAGUAAAUAUUAUAGCAUUUUCACAUCAUUUAAAUACUUAGGAAAAAAAUUUUUAAAACAAAACGUAUAACUUUAAUCAAUUGCUUUAAUCUAAACAAAGGUUAUUUAGAAUGAAAAUAACUUUAAAAAAACUCUUCUUUAUUAAUAUUAUAUCUACCAAUCUAAUAAUGAAUAUGCUUAUAAAAAUUGUUUUAAUACAGUGCAAAUAAUUAAUCAAAUAAAGUAAUUUAAAAAAAAUUAAAUUUUAUCUCUUUAUAUUAUUGUAUUUAUAUACCAAACAUUUAACUUUAAUGACU